AUGCCGUAUCAAGGUGGUGGUGGUGGUUAUGGAGGAGGAAGCCGAUUUGGGGGCAGUGGUGGUGGUAGAGGCCGUGGUGGUGGACGAGGAGGCGGUGGUGGCGGUAGAUAUUCUGACGACGGUGGUGACCCUAAUUCUGAACAGUUCAGGAAGCUCUUUGUUGGUGGUCUAAGCUAUGAGACAACAGAGGACAGUCUUAGAGCACACUUUGAGCAGUGGGGAGAAAUUGUUGACUGCGUGGUCAUGAGAGAUCCAAACACAAAAAGGUCCAGAGGUUUUGGUUUCAUCACCUAUAAAGAUGCAGCCAAUAUUGAUGAAGCCCAGGCCAACAGGCCUCACAAAAUUGACAACAGAGAAGUGGAAACAAAAAGAGCCAUGCCAAGAGAUUCUGGUGGCGCAAGUAAUCACGACAGUGUCAAGAAAAUGUUUGUAGGUGGUUUGAAAGAUGACACCACAGAAGAACAAGUCAGAGAAACUUUCUCCCCCUUUGGCAAAAUUGAGCAUGUGGACAUUGUUGUAGACAAGGCAACUGGCAAAGUCCGAGGAUUUGCCUUCGUUACGUUUAAGGAUUACGACUCAGUUGAUAAGGCUGUGUUGUUGAAAAGGCACGAUCUGAACACAAGAAAGGUUGAAGUUAAGAAAGCUGUUUCCAAAGAUCAGAUGGAUGGUGGCGGCCGAGGUGGUGGAUCAAGCAAAGGACGAGGAGGGCGAUCAUCAGAUAGCUAUGGAAGUUCAGGUUUCGGCAGUUAUGGUGCCGGUACUGGGGGCUACAGUGCUGGAGGUUACGGAGGUGGUGGCGGCGGCUAUGGAGCAGGACAAGGUUGGGGAGCAACUGGAGGUGGCUAUGGCGAUUACAGCAGUGCAUGGGGAGGUGCAAGUGCUGGUGGCUUUGGAUCAAACUACGGAGGAGACUAUGGCGGCGGCCCAGUGAAAAGUGGCGGCUAUUCUGCCCGUGCUCAGGGACCUUAUGGAGCAGGUGCAUAUGGACAAACUAACAGCUACGGCAGCGGUGGAGGCGGUGGAUACAGACGUUAA